AUGGCGAAACCGCUGCCGUAUGCAGUGCGCUACGCUGAGAAAGGCGGGCGGUCGGCGGGAGUGCCCGGUGCGGCCAUGGCCUUGCCAGGACACAGGCCGCAGCUAGCAGACCAAGCCUCUGAGCAUGCUGUCCUUGAAGCUUUUUCCUUUCAAAAGUCCAGGUAUCCACAGGGGCCUUGUGGUCCUGUGACAAGUUUGGAAACCAUGGAACAGCUGCAAGAUCAUGAUGAUGCCCAUGAGGAAGCCCAAGAGCUGCUCAGUAAGUGGAUGGAGUCCAAACUGCAGCUGGAGCUGAAGAAUGAUGGAGAAAAGGAAUCUGACACUGUCCUCCUGGAAGAGUCUUCUGCAGCCCGUCCAAAGUAUGAGCGCUUUGAUGACUUGUACAGCUAUUUGGAAUGUGAAUUGGAAAGUUCUGUCCAAGAAUACCUACAGCAACUUUUGCAGAUUGAAACUGUGAACUGUGGGAUAAUGGAAGACCUUAGACUUGAAGACAUCAAAGAAGAAGAAAAACUUACAGAUCCACGAAUAAUCAUGGAGCUCAGACACAAGCAGGUGAAAGAAAACCGAAUGAGGCAUCAGAAAGCAUUGGAACUUCAGAGAAAAGAUAAGUCCCUGAAAAAAUCACUUCUGUCUGAGGCCAGGCUCCAAGCACAGGAGGAGAACAGAAGGAAGGUCCUGAAGGCUAAGAGAGAGGAGGAAGAGAUCCACAGGGAAAUGGUGAAGCUGCGAAAAGAAAUAGCUGAGAAGAGGCACACCACACGAGAGGCAUGGAGAAUGGAGGAGAAGAGACAAGAAAAAAGUCAGAAGCUGUCAACACAGGAGGUAUCUAUUACUGCAUCACCACCCCUCGCCCUGAAGAAAGAAGAGGAGAAAGAGAGAAAGGCUCAGGAACUGCUGCACAGGAUUCACAUCAAUAAGCAGAGAUGUAUGCAACGACAUUUCUCUGCAUGGCUGAAAGUCACUCUGCAGCACAGAAUUAAAAUGGGAAAAGCCAAAGCCCUUGCUGACUGGAAAUGCAAACUGAGGGCCCUGCGAGCCUGGAGAAACUACACUUGGGCCCAGAAACUAGAGCAGGAGACACAGGAAUUGGAAGUUCAUCUCCAAGAUCAAAACAGGAAAACCCAACUGUCUGUGGAGCAUAACCGGCGACGGCUUCUGCGCUGGUGCUUUCUGGCCUGGCAGCACUGGAGCCAAGCAGAGAAAGAAAAGCAAGAGUUGCAGAGCAAGAGGGAGGAGACAAAGAGAAAAAUGGCACAACUGCUGGAGGCAGUGUCACUGGGGAAAGGUGGUCUGGACAGGCCACCAGAGGUUAACAAGCCUGGGACAGCAGAAGUAAGCCAUCAGGAUUUGCAGCAGGACAAGCCAACUGAAACUUGCUGCAUACAGAAAGAACCUGACCAGACCAGAGAGCAAUCUUUUCAGGAUGAUGCUCAUACAUCUCAUUGCUACAGAAAACCCAAAUUUGCCUGGAAGAUUACCCUAAAACGUGCAGCCCCCAGUGCACAGGACCAGACUGUGUACAGGAAUCAAAUAGCCACUGUCCCCCAGAAGUUUCAGGCACCCUGCCCAAAGGCAGUUCCUGCUUAUGGAAGCCGUUUUGAGCACCGCCAUGCCUUCCAGCAACGUCUGAUUGAAGAACAGAGGCAGCAUCUUCAGAAACAGCAAGAGCUGAUCCUUCAACUGCAGGAAAAUCAGAGGCUGAGCAGAGCUAAAGAAGUAGCAGCCCAAGCCACAGCUGUAACCCAGCCCCUAAACAACUCUGCUUCACAAACCACAGAGGAAAACCAAGCCAGGUGCAAGAAUACAACCUGUUUGAAUCCCUCAGCUUCUCAUGGGCCAGAAAAUACAAGGGCAGUGAUGCAAGGCAGGAAGCCUUCCAGACAGCUAGUCUCAGUGGAUCCCAUAUUGAAAGCUAUGGAGGAGAGAGCAGCUCAACGGGCAGAAAGAAGGAGGAAACUAGAAGAGGCCAAACAACGAAAAGAAGAGGAAAAAUUAGCCCAGUUGAAGGCUGAAGAGGAAGCACAACAGAGGAAGGAGGCCGAGAAAAAGAAAGCUCAGCAGGAAAAACGACAAGAAGAGAGAAGGCAGCAGAAGCUGAGAGAGCUGGAGAAGCAAAGGAGGCUGGAAAAGGAGCGGCAGCUCCAGAAAAAGGCCAGAGAUCACUAUGAGAAGGUUCUGCUCAGAAAGCUGGGAAUAGUGCCAUGGAAAAAGCUAAGAGAGCAAGCCAAGGAAAACCUGGUGGUGGCACAAAGGCACCACUGCUUGGGCCUGCAGAGGAAAUACUUGAUGACUUGGCUCCAGGACACCCAGGAGAACCUCAUGAAGAAGAUGUCUUGGGCUGAGGACUUCUAUUCCCAUACAUUGCUGAGACGGUGCUUCAGGAACUGGCUAAAGUACAAAGAUUAUCUCUCUGCUCUGGAGGAAAAGGUUAACGCCCUCCAUGCAGCUUGCCUCACAAGGAAGUACUUCUGGGCAUGGUUUGAUCUGGUUAUGGAGGAAAAAGCUACCUUAUGGGAGAAGCUGAAGACUGCUACUGAACACAGUAACAAGAGACUCAUGCUGAAUGCACUGAAGGCAUGGAGGCAGUACCCAUUACUGAUGAAAAAGGAAAAGGAACGAGAGGAAAGGAGAAACCAGCUACGUAGGAGGGUAGCUGAAAUUCUCCCCAAUUUCCAAACAUGA